AUGAUGCCUCUAAGACCAUCAAAAAGUGCCCUGCGCACUCUUCACUACCAGAGAUAUCUUGCCUCUGGAAGAAGAACAUUUGCUUCUUCUGCGGUCACGACGCCCCACCGCUUUUCGACUCAGAAGCGCGAUCAGAGUACAGCUACGGCUACUGCCUCAACUACUCGACCUCAACCCAGCCCUGCCUUCAACCAAGAACCUAGCCGCAAUGAGGUUUCACCUCUUCAAAAUCGACAGGUUGCCGAGCUCGACGACUCAUUCGUCGGACUUAGCGGUGGUGAGAUUUUUCACGAAAUGAUGCUUAGACUGGGAGUAAAGCAUGUUUUUGGUUACCCAGGAGGUGCCAUUCUUCCCGUCUUUGACGCAAUUUACAACUCCAAGCACUUCGACUUCGUCCUCCCUCGACAUGAACAGGGUGCCGGCCACAUGGCGGAGGGUUAUGCUCGAGCUUCCGGAAACCCUGGAGUCGUCCUUGUCACUUCUGGCCCCGGUGCUACCAACGUCAUUACCCCCAUGCAGGACGCCCUAUCUGAUGGUACCCCGAUGGUUGUCUUCUGCGGUCAGGUCGUUACGAGCUCCAUUGGUACCGACUCUUUCCAGGAAGCUGAUGUCGUUGGCAUUUCUCGGGCCUGCACCAAAUGGAACGUUAUGGUCAAGUCUGUCGCCGAACUCCCCCGUCGUAUCCAAGAGGCCUUCGAAAUUGCAACCAGUGGCCGCCCUGGUCCCGUCCUCGUCGACCUUCCUAAAGAUAUCACCGCUGGUAUUCUUCGUAAACCCAUCCCAAUGCAGAGCACCCUUCCGUCUCGCCCAAGCGCUGCCACUAUGGCAGCCAAGGAAUUGAGCGAGAAGCAACUCCAAGGCACCAUCAGCCGCGUGGCUCGUCUCCUCAACGUUUCCAAGAAGCCCGUUCUUUACGUCGGUCAGGGUAUUCUUGCUCAUCCUGACGGCCCCAAGCUUCUGAAGGAGCUCUCCGACAAGGCCAACAUUCCCGUUACCACCACCCUGCAGGGUCUAGGUGGUUUUGAUGAGACGGACCCCAAGGCGCUGCACAUGCUUGGUAUGCACGGCUCCGCCUAUGCCAACUUGGCCAUGCAGGAAGCCGACUUGAUCAUAGCCAUUGGUGCCCGAUUUGACGACCGUGUGACUGGCAGCAUUGCCAAAUUUGCUCCCCAGGCCAAGCUCGCUGCCUCGGAGAACCGUGGUGGUAUCGUCCACUUUGAGAUCAUGCCCAAGAACAUCAACAAGGUGGUUCAGGCCAACGAAGCUGUUGAGGGUGACUGCGCGGAGAAUAUCCGUCACCUUCUGCCUCUUGUCCACGCUGUUCCCGAGCGUCCAGAGUGGUUUGCCCAGAUCAACGACUGGAAGUCUCGGUUCCCUCUCUCGCUCUACGAGAAACAGACCCCUGAGGGCGCCAUCAAGCCCCAGGCUCUGAUUGAAAAGCUCAGCGAUUUGACUGCUCAUAUGAAGGACCGUACCAUAAUCACCACUGGUGUUGGUCAGCACCAAAUGUGGGCCGCCCAGCACUUCCGCUGGCGUCGACCUCGCUCCAUGAUCACCUCCGGUGGUCUUGGUACUAUGGGUUACGGUCUUCCCGCUGCCAUUGGCGCCAAGGUUGCCCGUCCCGACUGCCUUGUUAUUGACAUUGACGGCGAUGCCUCCUUCAACAUGACCCUCACCGAACUCACCACUGCGGCCCAGUUCAAUAUCGGCAUCAAGGUUCUCCUCUUGAACAACGAAGAGCAGGGCAUGGUUACCCAAUGGCAAAACCUUUUCUACGAAGACCGCUACUCUCACACACAUCAGAAGAACCCUGACUUUGUGCGCCUUGCUGAAUCUAUGGGUGUUGCUGCCGACCGUUGUGCCUCACCUGCAGAUGUGGAGGCCAAGCUGAAGUGGCUGAUUGAGAGCGAUGGCCCCGCCCUGCUUGAGGUAUUUACCGACAAGAAGGUUCCCGUGUUGCCUAUGGUUCCUGGUGGUAGUGGCCUCCAUGAGUUCCUCGUCUUUGACGAAGCCAAGGAUCGUGAGAGAAGGGCUUUAAUGAAGAAGAGGAACCCCAACGGCGUUUAA